AUGGCCAAUCAAACCACCAUGAGUGAAUUCUUUCUAAUGGCGUUCUCUGAUGUUCGGGAGCUGCAACUUUUACACUUUGUGGUGUUUCUGUUUAUUUACAUUGUAUCCUUGUCAGGGAAUCUUAGCAUCAUCACGGCAAUAACCCUUGACUGCCACCUUCACACCCCCAUGUACUACUUCCUGAGAAAUCUUUCCUUCUUGGAUAUUUGUUUAAUUUCUGUCACGGUACCCAAGUCCUUCAUCAACUCCCUCAUGAACAGCUCAUCCAUUUCUUUCCAGGGAUGUGUUGCACAACUAUUUCUAUUUAUGUCAUUCUUAGCUACAGAGCUAUUCCUCCUCACAAUCAUGGCUUUUGACCGAUAUGUUGCCAUCUGCAAUCCUCUCCACUACGCAAUUAUCAUAAACAAGAGGAGGUGUGUUAAGUUAGCCUGCGGGUCAUGGGUGGGUGGUGGUCUCUAUUCUGCUUUGCACACUGCUAACACAUUUUCAUUCCCCUUCUGUGGGUCCAUUAUCAACCAGUUCUUCUGUGACAUCCAGCCAUUGCUGAGGAUCUCGUGCUCUGAAUCCCACACUGGUGAAAUUGCACUGAUCGUCUUUGGUGUGUGUUUAGCUUCAAGCUGUUUUGCUUUAAUAACAUUGUCGUACGUUCAGAUCUUCUCAACGGUGCAGAAAAUCCCUUCCAUGGAAGGUCGCCGUAAAACUAUCUCCACUUGCCUACCCCACCUCACUGUCAUUGUAUUAUUCCUCACCAGUGGCAUGUUUUCGUACAUGGCACCAACCUCCGACUCUGCUUUGGAGCAGCAUCUGGUGGCUGCAUUUUAUUCAGUGGUGCCACCCUUGAUUAAUCCCAUCAUCUACAGCCUGAGGAACCAGGAGAUAAAAAACGUCCUGAGAAAAGUUAUGGGCAGGAAGCUUUUCCCUUUGAUUUGUGAAGAAUUUAAAAUAUAA